CAUAAUGCUGCGCUGCGAUUGAGCGAUUCAUCGGUCUGUUGUUUCUGUUUCAGGUCUGGUCACAGUGAGUGUGAAUCCACUCACAAAACAAUUCCCAAUAAAUACUGUGAAUAUUCCUGUCAUCUUUGAAUUGAAGAAGUGUUUCCAGAAGUGCAGGACAAACUUCCAAGUGUCGAUAAUUUCUGACAUACUAUUGUAAAGAUGGAUUUUAUUAAAGAGGAGAGAGAGGACAUGGGUUAUCCAGAACCAUACAGAGUGAAAAAUGAAGAAACUGAGGAACAAAUAGGGCUGAUGGAAGUGAAAGUGGAAAGUCAAGAACUGAAUGAAUUGGAAGAGAAACAUUGGUAUCAGGAUUCUCAUUCACUCACAAAAAUGAAAAAAUCAUUUAGUUGUUCACAGACUGAAAAUAAUUCCUCACAACAAACAACUCAACAGACAGAAGCCACACAUUCUUUCACCUGCCCUCAGUGUGGAAAACAUUUCACACGUAGAACAACUCUAAAGGAACACAUAAGAAUACACAUUGGAGAGAAGCCUAUCAUAUGCCUUCAGUGUGGAAAGAGUUUCUCACGGAAAGAAAACCUUAAUAGGCACAUGAGAAUUCACUCUGGAGAGAAGCCUUACACAUGUCCUCAGUGUGGAAAGAGUUUCUUACGGAAAGAGAACCUUAAUAGUCACAUGAGAGUUCACACUGGAGAGAGGCCUUUCUCAUGCAAUCUGUGUGAACAGAGAUUCAAAUAUAAUCAUCAAUGUCAUCUUCACUUUCAGCACACUGGAGGAGCAAAGUCAUUAAACUGUGAUCAGUGUGAUAAAAGUUUCAUCUUUGAAUCAGACCUUAAAAUUCACAAGAACCCCCAUUUGUGUUCUUUUUGUGGAGAGAGUUUUUCAUGCCCGCACCAUUUCAAAGAGCACCAGAAAAUUCAUAGUAUGAAAGCUCAUGUGUGCCUUGAGUGUGGCGAUGCCUUUGCAGGAGCCGGUAACUUGAAGGCAUCCUCAAAUGAGCCUCCAGCAGUCUCCACAUCUGUGGUGGAUGUCAAGGUUGCUUGUCCCGUUUGCUUUAAUUGGUACCCAAAAGACUAUGUGGAACUACAUGCAAGCAGUUGUGGUGAAAGGUUUGUGACAAAUUUAAUAUAAAUUUAAAUAUAUUUAGAACAACUGCUAUCAGAGCAUUUCUGCAGCCUUUUGGGAGAAUUUGAACAAGAGCUUGACUGGUAGGACAAAGACAGGAAAAAGACGACGGAGGAGAAACCUUGUAGAAGGUAAAAUUCAAGAUAUCCAUUGGCAUCUGUCUGACCUGUGAGAUUUCUUACAAAGGUUAAUAUUGCAUUUUGCAAAUGUUUGCCUUUUCUAUUUUGUCUUGUAGCUUAUCCAACAUAAUCACACAGCUUGCUGACAGGGUGGAUAGCACAUCGUCAUUCAAUAUCAGUGUAACAAGAGGAGAAUUGUUUGAGAGGUCCAGUGGAAGCAGCAAAAAAAAUUCUUCUCAAAAUAAUGAUCUUUGCAUUCAUUUCCUAGGAGAGUAUGGGAUUGACAAUGGAGCUCUCCGGAAAGAAUUUCUAACUGAAAUGCUGAAAGGAAUUGAGGCUCAGCUCUUUGAGGGAGGAGACAGUGGAAAAAACCCAAAGUACUCCAUUACUGACUAUCAGAAAGAUAACUUCAAGACUUGUGGGGAGAUCUUCGCAGACAGUGUAGCACAAGAGGGCCCCCCCAACAAAUGUUUUGAAAAAAUGGUGCUAUGACUACAUCUGCACAGGAGCAAUAAACAAGGAUGAAAUAUCCAAAGACAAUGUCACCGAUCCAGAGCUCAUAGAGCUUAUUGAAAAGAUUGAUUCCUCAGACACAGAUGCUAUGGUAAACCUGUCUGACAGGACUUUAACAAGCGGGUAUACUGGGGCCAUUGGCCCUGAGUGGAAGAAGGACAUUAUUGACUAUGUAAUUGAACUUUUAUGCAGUUGUUGAAAUUUGCAGUUCUUCACUUCUGUUCUUUCUUUUAUAUAUAUAUAUAUACUAUAUAUAUAUAUAUAUAUAUAUAUAGUGCGAUCAUUCUACACUCAGCAGUGAGGAUAAUUCCAAUGUUGCAGCAGGUCUGUGAUGGACUGAAGUGGUAUGGUUUCCUGGACAUACUGGCACAACACAGUGAGACCUGCCUGCAGCUCUUUGUACCUGGACACUUGGAAAAAUGUUUUAAAAUGUACAACCAUUGUAUAAGAUAUAGUCUUUUGAUGUAUCACUUGUUAAUAAAAUACAAGUUUCUCUCCUGAACUCUUUAGGUUGAUGCAGAAUUCCUAGAGCUUGCCCUGGCUCCCAUAUUCAGCAUGGAAGGAUCACUCCGCCGCAACAGAGAGUGGCGCAUCAUUAACUUUUUACAGGAUUUUAUACAAAAGUUGGAGGAUGGAGGUGCAUGGAGUAACAUUUCCUAACAUAGAAAGUAGUUUCUCAUUUCAAUUACUUAAAGUACUGUUGAAUUUUAUUUAUUUUUUUACAAUCUUGAUUAGAAGAACUUACCACUGCAGAGAAAGAGGAGGGCGUGGGAAACAUCAGUUAAAAUUCCAUCACUGUAAGCAGCUUCUUGCAGUGGCUCACGGGACAAGCACACAUCCCACUAAUUGCUUCACAAAGAGAGAGCUUUAAAAUCCCCAUUGAGAUUGACCAUGAUUGUGAUGUGCGUUAUGGUCAUCACAGCACAUGUCGUAAAUGCUUGUGCUGUCUGCAUUACUUUCCCAACGAAACACCUUCAAAACACUUUCUUGAGUAUGCUUGCUUAGUUUUCAAAGAAAUGUGUUUUACCCAACCAAUAAUUGUAUAUAAUAUAACAGUAAAUAAUCUGCUGCUAUACUUUGUUUGGGGAGACUUAUAACACAAACUCUCCAGGCCAUGUGUUGGAGAAUAAUUACUAAAUGAUGAAAAUCCGACUCUUAUAUAAUUUUAUUUUUUUAAUUAAAAGAUUAAAAAACGUGUCUGAAUAGUUCAUGUGACUUU